CACAAAAAUGAGACUUCCAGUUCAGCAUGAAACGGAUUGUAUUUCUGUUUACCCUUCUCAGUUAAGAGUUUGUAGCAGCGAGGGGUUCAAGAAAUUUGUGUUUAAGUGAGUAGAAAGGUGUGUUAGUGGCAUUAGGGUAAUUUUAUGUGGACAGAACAACGACCUACCGGUAAAAAUUUAGCACGUGGUUUUGCUGAAGUGUGACAUAUUUCGCAAAAGCGCAUAAAAAAUACCGCACAAUUAAUCAGAAAUCAUCUGAUCCAUUUCCCCUCUCGACGCAAGCGCCCUCUUGCGCAAGAAAAUACUUCCACGAACGCCCUCUGGUUUGUAACAUAAUUUCCCGCCAAAACAAAAGAGUAUUCGAGUGUGAUGGCUUCCAUGGGUGAAAUACUAAAAUUAUACACGAAAUGUAUGAAUUUUGCGGCUGUGAAGCACAAGGAUCAACGACGGAAGGAUCAGGAUGGGACACCAUACAUAAACCAUCCCCUUGGUGUGGCUUUCAUUCUGACUGAGGAGGCAGGAAUUUAUGAUGUUCCGGUGUUGCUUGCAUCAAUUUUGCAUGACACCGUCGAGGAUACGGAUACGACAUUUGAUGAAAUUGAGCAGCACUUUGGGUCGCACGUCCGCAAAUUAGUGGAGGAAGUAACGGAUGAUAAGACACUGCCAAGGGAUGUGAGAAAAGCCAAACAGGUUGAGAAUGCUGCCAAGUCGUCGUAUGAAGCGCGAUUAGUGAAAUUGGCCGAUAAAUUGUACAAUUUGCGAGAUCUUCAGCGGUGUCUUCCAGUGGGAUGGACAGAGAAGCGAAGGAAUGAGUACUACAAAUGGGCCAAGGAGGUGGUGGAUAAUCUCCGUGGAACAAAUGCCAUUCUCGAAGGAGCUCUAGAUGAAAUAUUUCACUCUGAACACCUUAUCUAAAUGUCUCUGUGUUUAUUCAGUGCCAAAUUAGUUCUUACACAAAGUUGAAUGAAUAAAAUUGAUGUGAAUAUUCAAAAGGAUUAUUUUUUGUGUUGUUCAAAAAAUUCCCUCAUGUACUUGGCAAGAGCCUCAGCGUCUUCGAUAGUGACGGCAUUGUAGAGUGAGGCACGAAUGCCUCCAACUGAACGAUGUCCCUUAAGUUGGACCAUUUUGCGAGCUUCAGCUCCUUUGAGGAAUUCCUUUUCUAAAGCUUCAUCUCCUUCAAUACUCCCAAUACGGAAGGGUACGUUCAUCCUACUACGGGAGUCCUCGUUGACUGGACAACCGUAGAAUCCUCCAGACCGAGCUAUUUCAUUGUAAAUCAUUUGGGAUUUCUUAAUGGAAUUUUCGUACAUGGCCUUAAUGCCUCCUUGUCGUUUAAUCCAUGCAAAGACUCGUCCCAUGACGUAGAUU